AUGAAGCUUUUUAACUUUUUCCUCGCUGUCGCCAUGGCUCAAUCUACCCUCUCCCCAAGAGGCAAGAUCAAGGAUGAAGAGAAAGGCCCCCGACAGUGCGGAAAAGUCAAGCUCGCUGACAACCCUCUCGCCAACGGUUUGACUAUCGAGUGCAAAUCUCGAAACGGCAAGGCGAAGAACCCCCAUCGAACCAAGCGAUGCAAGGCUCGAUGUGUUGAUUCUAAGAGAAACAACAACACUCCUAAGAAGUUCUUCUGUGUUGACAACAAGUGGAUGAACAAGAAGGGUACCCAGGAGCUCAACGUCAACAACCUCGGUUGCAAGUAA